AUGGUGGAAAAGAUCACUGUUAAUGGUCGUCUGACACGUGUGGAGACCAAAUUCGCCUUCAUAGAGACAAGUCAUGGGAGCGUUUUCUGCCCUUUAGCCGCUGCAAUACCAUCCUCAGAACACGUACCAAACUUUUCGAUGCGUUACAAUGUCGGCGACAUUGUCCGUGUCACUAUGGUUCCUCAAGAGGGGAAAAAUGGAUGCAAGUGGAGAGCUGUAAAGGUACGCCAAUUAAACAAUGCUCUUGAGACGGAUAACACCUUUUUACGUGCAUCACACACGACAGCUGGCCCCAGUGGCUCGAACGUAGCGCUAAUUACAGACAAGUGUGUUGUGGUCACCAAUGUAACCGAAACCCUCGCUUUUGGAAUCAGUGACGAAUUUGGGUCAGUUUUCAUCCCAGGAGCGGCCUUUUCCGCUGAGGAGGUGACACGGCUGAAUUCGUACCUUAACAUAGGUUGCGGGAAGAUUGUAUCGUUGUCGAAAUCCCAUGCUGUUGUUUGGUGCCCUAUCUAUGGGGAAAUUAAGUGCACCAUUCUUUCUUGGAUCGGAGGCGACGGAGGCAUGAAUGCGGAGUGGCUUGAUGACCUGCUUAGUAUAGGCGACAGUGUACUGUUCACUGCCAUCAAGCGUGAUGGGGACAGCGAGUGGAAGUCAGUGAAGUGGACAGCGCGUGGCUUUCGAAUCGGGGAUGACCGCGUUCAGCUUGCUGACUCCUACACCCAGACUGUCAUUUCGGCUCCAGAGAUUAGUCGACGUUACGUCGUACCCGCUCUUGGCGACGCUUUUUUUAAAGUCUCCUCUCUGAAGAUGGGAGUGUCUUGGGUCUUCGAACACGACAAAACCGCCAAAGAAGUGGAGCGCCUGUUAGAGGGCGGUGGUGCGGAACAAAUUGGCACGUUUACUGUUGACUGCUUGCCGUACACACCAAAUGAUAAGCUUCAAAGUUGCAUUCAACACAAUUACGUUCUUCACCAUAGCAAUUUCCCGCAGAGCUCCUUUUCUAUAGCUCCAAGCGACUGUUUACGAACAAGCCCAAGGACUGUUUGUGAUCUCGGAUUCGAUCUCAUUCUGACGAAGCUUUCGUCCGGCCUCACACCUGACACAGCUGGCAAGUUCGAGCUUACUGGUGUAGAAUACCGACUGAGAGAUUUUGUCGUGCGUGUAGGAACUGCCACGCAAGUGACCACAACUAAGGGAGUAAUCGUUGAGGUGGAAUAUGAGCCAUCUCAAGUCGCUGCGCAGAGUGCGCAUAUGAUGACUGAAAUGAUGCAGAUGUUCUUCCCACAAUACGUACGUUAUUUUUUACUUUUAACUCUUCCAAAGUUACAUAAAGUUCUGUGUAUUCCAUUAUUCGGAUCUCUGCCAUGGGUUAAGCGGCGAGUUAAAGCAGACUUAGAGCGAGCUAGACGUGAAAUUGAGGAAGAAGUUCAUCAGUACGAUCAGAAGCGUGACUUCUACAAAUUCCUUCCUGAACAUCCCCUUGGUGGAGAGGAGCUUCUUUCUGAAGCGCGACAAUAUGCUUCUAUGGGAGAACGACGGUACAUGGAGCACUAUGAUCCUCGCACUAGAAAUCAGGACUUAUCACUUUGUGCUAAGAUAUAUGAUCUCUUUUCCCAUUCCGAUCCCCAUCGAUCAGAUGCAUUCCCUGGUGCCAGAAAGAUGGAAGCUGAGAUUCUAAGGAUGUGUCUGUCCAUGUUUCACGGUGGUCAAGAAGCCUGUGGUGUUGUAGCAGGUGGUGGAACUGAAGUUAUGUUGUUGGCAUGCCUAGUACGUAGAAUCCCAGUCAGGGAAGACGAUCGAGUGCAUGCUGCAGCUGUAAAGCGAGCGAUCGGACCUCACACCUGCAUGAUUGUAGCAUCGGCACCAAACCACAUCACCGGUACUGUGGACCCAAUUGAGAGGUUAUCUGAGGCGAGAUUUCCCUGCUCGAGUCCUAUCUUUGAAUCUUCGAUGUUUUCUAAGCGUGUCUAUGCAACUCCCACUCUCGCUGGUGGUCGUGACGGAGGGGCCGUAGCCACCGCAUGGGCUACUUUACUUGGGAAGGGGCGUGAUGGUUACAUAACUGCAUGUCAUCGGGUAGUGGAAACGACUCGCCGUCUCGCUGAGUUGCUCUCGGAUAUCGACGGAAUCACGUUGAGAGGGGCAGCCGAUCUAUGCAUUGUGGCUUUUGAAACUACUCUUGGCGACAUCUACGUUCUAGUAGAUUUCAUGACAACCAAGAUCACUUGGUACAGGGUUUGGCAUGUCGAUCCACUUUUGUCUCCUGAAGCUGCUCGGGUGCCGGUUACGCUGAGAAUGUGUGAGGAAGGAGUUCUCGAGGCAUUUGUCGAAGACGUCAUUGAAGGCCUUCGUUACCUUGGCGAAAAUCCCACCAAAACAACGAAAACUUCGGCUUUCUAUCACAUGCUGCAAACGGUAGCUGAUCGAUGUCUUGUGGACGAGCUUUCUUUGAUUCGACUUCAAGCGCACUACAGCAUCCCACCUCCUCUUGAUCGCGAACAUCGAUCAAUGCGCGCUUUGAGUGAAUACGGACGAAAAAUGAGCACGAUGGAGAGUGUAGGCCCGAAGUUGUCGACGGAAAAGUCGUAG